AUGAAGUCAUGGAAAAACUAUGCAAUUGAUAUGAUAAAAGAACAAGCAGAAAGAGAGAUUUACCAAGAGAAUAGGGGAGAUACAGAUAGCGAUGAUGAAACUAUUUCAAGUUACAAUUUAAAAAGAUACAGUAAAUUAAAAAGAGAAUAUAGUAAAUAUUACAGAUUCAAAGUUAAAAACAAAGACAAUCAAUAUCUUUUAAAAUUAUUUGUUCAAACAGAAUUUGACAGGGAAACUUUGGAUUUUAUUAUCGAAACACCAAGAUGGAGCUUUAUAACAAAUUCUCUCAAUUGGGCAAUGUCUUGGGUAUACACAAAAACGGAUAUCAUGGGUUAUAUAGGCAUGGGUAAAAUGUUUAUUCUUUCAACCAAUCAAUAUAAAAGAAUUUUAAGAUUAAUAUAUAACGAUAACAAUAAUGAAAAAAAUUUAGAUGAUUUAUUAUAUUUAAAUACAAUGAAUAAUAUAGGUUCGGGAUGUGGCACAACAACUUUAUGUAUGGCUCCAUUAUUCAAAUUUGUUACCGCAACCGAAGCUUCCAAAGGUAUGGUUUAUAGUUUAAAAAAGAAAGGCAUAGAUUCAGUAUUUUGUUUGGAUAUAGAGCAAUGUGAAGAGUUAAAAGAUACUUCCUAUGAUAUCAUAUCAUGUUUAAAUGUUUUGGACAGAUGCGAAAAACCAAUUAGUUUAUUAAAUUCAAUUAAAAAUUUUUUAAAUCCAAAUGGUAAAAUCAUUUUAGCGGUAGUAUAUCCUUUUAGACCAUAUGUUGAGUUUGGUGGUAUUGAUAAUAAACCUUUAGAGCAUAUAGAACUCAAACAAGAGACUAUAGAGGAUUAUGUUCACUCUUUCAAUACCAAUGUUUUUAAACCAAAUGGUUUUGAGCUUGAUGCAUUUACAGUUGCUCCAUAUAUUUCAGAAGGAGAUGCACUUUAUCAAAAUUAUGUUUUAACUGAUGCAGUAUUUGUAUUAAAAGUAAAAGACAGAUAA